GUAAAUAAAUAUUAAAUAAAAAAUAAUACAAAAACUAAAAAGAAUUAAAAAAUGUCUACCUAAUCUUCUAAACAAAACUUAAAUAAUGAUGCAUAAUUACCAUUUGAAUUGAAGUAAUUCUUUGAGAUUUAAUAAUAACUUUAAAUUUUCUAAGAUCCUUCUAAACUGAAUAUCUAAACUAGAGUUAGUGAACAUAAUAAAAUGGAAAACCAACUUAAUCAACAAAAAUAUUAAUCAAACUAUUUAAGAAAUGACUAAUAAAAUAGUAAUUAAAAUUAAAAAUAGUAAAACAACAUCUAUUAAGAUGGAUAAAAGUAAUAAAUAAGCCAAUAAUUAUCAAAUGAAAAAUAAUAAUAAGAAGUAGAAGCUGUUGCCAAUUAAACGAGGUUAUAAUAUAGUAGCCAAGAAUAAAUUUAAAACGAAACAGUUUAAUAUUAAAACAGGUACAGGGAAUUGAGAGAAAGAUUAAGAGAAAAAAAGAGAGAAUUACAAGAACUACAUGAGAAAUACCAUCAAAGAAGGCAUAUUUAAUAACAAAACAAUGAUUUGAAUGAAUCUAAUUCUUCCUUCAAAGAAGUAAAAAGUUUAUCUUAAAACUAAAAUAGUUUUUAAGAAAAUAUUUAAUUUGAUGAAAGAUGUAAGUAAUUUCAUCAUAGAUAUCACCAAAGAUUAAAUAACUACAUCACUAAUAAAUAAGACAAUUAAAUAAAUACUCAGUGUUAGAAAGAUUCUCAACAUUCUCAUCUUAACUGUGAAAACUAAAGUAAUCAUCAUCUUCAUCACCACAAUAAUCACCAUAAAAGGUUUUGUCCAUUUUCAUCAAGUAAUACAGAAAAAUUAAACAAAUAAGAAUAAAUUGGUUAAGAGAAUUAGUAAAAGAAUUAAUUUAACUAUUCUUAAUCAAUGAAUCUAUAAUAAAAUUAAGAGAAAAUGACUUAAAAUAAAUUUUGUCAUCAUUUUUUUAAUAAGCAAAUUAUGAACGAUGCAAAUUAAAAUAACUAUAACGAAAAAAAUACUGAUAGUUAAUUUGACAAACAACAUCAUUGCUUUUUUGAACGUAGGUGGUAGCAAAAAGAUUAAAAUUGCAGAAAUGAAUUUCAUCCCAUUCCUAAGUUAUUAUUUGCUGCUGGGAUAUUUUAUCUAGGAAUUAAAUUUAGUAGAAGAGCCUUUUUUUGCAUGAGAUAAUACCGUAAUAGUGUUUUUGAUAAAAAGUGA